CUUGUGAAAUCUCCUCUCUUGUCUGUCUCUACCUCUGUUUGUACAUAUACAUACACACACACAAUCAAGGCAUGUCAGCUGUCGCAAACGACGGGUUCUCCGUCAUCCAUACUAGUGGCCGAACAGGCCCGCCGGAUCUGCGAUUGAUUCACUACAAUGAUGUCUACCACGUAGAACCAGGUUCCUCAGAGCCCGUAGGAGGCGUCCCGCGCUUCCAGUCUGUCGCUAACUACUAUCGCUCCGAUCCCGCCUUUGCCGGCCAACCUGGCGUGCUUACCUUUUUCUCCGGCGAUGCCUACAACCCGAGUCUGGAGAGUUCGGUCACGAAGGGCAAGCAUAUGGUGCCAUUUCUGAAUAAGAUUGGGACGGAUGUUGCCUGUGUUGGGAACCACGAUCUCGAUUUUGGAGUAACGCAAUUCCGCCAUCUACGCACACAAUGCCAGUUUCCCUGGUUGUUAGCCAAUGUUAUCGAUCCGGCGCUAGGGGAGGAUGUCCCCAUCGCUGACUGCGAGAAGACCGUGAUGCUGACCGCAUCGAAUGGGAUCAAAGUCGGGGUGAUUGGGCUUGGGGAGAGGGAAUGGUUGGGAACGAUUAAUGCCCUCCCACCGGAUCUUAUUUACAAGUCGGCGUCCAAGACGGCGCUGGAGCUUGCGCCCCGGCUGCGCGAGCAAGGGGCGGAUAUCGUCGUCGCGGUCACCCAUCAACGCGAACCGAAUGAUUAUAAGCUGGCUGAGAAUCUGACACCGGGGCUGGUGGAUAUUAUACUGGGGGGUCACGAUCACUUCUAUGCGCAUGCUGUGGUCAAUGGGGUGCAUAUUCUCCGGUCGGGUACCGAUUUUAAGCAGUUGAGCUAUCUGGAAGCUUGGCGCAAGGCAGACGGCGCGGGAUGGGACUUCGAUAUCGUGCGCAGGGACUUGGUCCGAUCCAUCCCGGAGGAUCCGUCCGCCAGGGCCAUGGUCGGCCGGUUGACGUCGAGCUUGAAGGCCAAGUUGGAGAAGCCCAUCGGAUACACUACGCGGCCGCUGGACGGUCGAUUCUCGACCGUGCGUCAACGAGAGUCGAAUCUGGGUAAUUUCGCCUGCGAUCUCAUGCGGUUUUACUACGGUGCGGACUGCGCGAUGAUGGCUGGUGGGACUAUUCGGGGCGAUCAGAUCUACCAGCCCGGAGUGUUGAAGGUGAAGGAUAUUCUUAACUGCUUCCCCUUCGAGGACCCUGUGGUUCUCCUCCGCAUCAAAGGCCAGGCGCUCUUUGAUGCCUUGGAGAAUGGAGUCAGUCAGCUUCCCGCGUUGGAGGGGCGGUUCCCGCAGGUUUCGAACAUCUCAUUCAGCUACAAUCCAUCUUCGCCGCCCGGCUCGCGCAUCAACUGGGCCAAGAUCGGUGGGCAGCCCAUCGAUUUUGGCCAAAGCUACCUGCUCGCCACCCGUGGCUAUAUGGGUCGUGGCAAAGACGGAUUUGCGUCACUACUCGUGCAGUCAGAGGGUGGCGAAGUAGAAGAGGUGGUUGACGAGGAAAGCGGCAUCCUCAUCAGCACCCUGCUCCGUCAGUACUUCCUUAGUCUGAAAGUCCUGGGGAAGUGGCAGCGAUGGAGUCAGAGCCUCACGCGCCACUGGGGCACAGUGCACAAGAACCUGCACAGAGACGACUGGCUGAAAGCUCCCUCGACCCAGGUGUCACCCUCAUCGGAGAAAGUGCCGUACCACGUCCAGCGACCUACCUUGAACCGAACGAAGCAGAAAUACUACUACGGACGCUAUUCCCCCAGCGACUCCUCUGAGUCAGAGAGAUCUGACCAGGCGUCGCUGGAUUCGGACUCCGACACCGACCCUGAGGUGUUGACGUCGCCACAGCCGAUCACCAACUAUGUCACUCUCCCGGCGAAGUCGGCUACAGAAGAGGAACAUCGUCUGCGGCUUGCCCGCAAGGUGACUCGGCUCUGGAUGCGCAAGGCCGGGCUGCAGCCGUCUCCGAUCAACGAUUCAGAAGAGCUGGGAGGGUUCACCCCGAACUGGACGCCGGGGAUUUCUCCGCGAUUAGAGGGGCGGAUCAUUAUUGAAGGGGUUUGACUUUUCGACGGGUGUGGAUUUUGAUUGGUUCUCAACAUUUAUUUGUCUGGAGUAUAGCAAGCAUUCGGGCGCAUUUCGGAUUUUAUAUGAGUCAUGAUAUACAGCGUUGGCAUUUUGUUUUUCGGGUGUGUGUCAUAUAUUAAUUAGACUCAUGAAUAUUAGUCUAUC